AUGGAGCGUGUGUCUGUAACGUCGGCAGGUCUCGACGCAAAGAUCCAUCCGUCUUCAUUCAAAACCGACGAACGCUGCCGAAGCCGACGGCAGGUCAGAGGUCGUGUGUCAGAGGGUGACAUCACGCCCGUCGCCGCGCCCUCAAACCGGGAUCCUGCGAAACCUGGGAUAAGCCGCGAUGACUCCCACCUGUCGGCCAAACACCGCCGCGUGUCCCGUAAAAGUGGCAUUUGCGGAGAAACGAAAGCUAGAGCGCGGCGUUUGAAGUCGCACGGUUUAAGAAUGAGCGACGUCGACGAUCAAAGCGACAACGAGAGACGAGCCGGAGACGUCUGCGGCGAGAACAAUGGAGGCCGCUGUUUGCUAAUGCGCAGUUUGGAUGGUUUUGUGGAGCUUUUGUGUCCGAUUGUGCGGCGGGGAAGAGAAGAAAGCUGUUUUUUUUACUCUUAA